GCUGGAUCCGGGCUCUGCCUCCUUCUCGCCCCCACCUCCCCAGCCCCGACGUAGGAGGCCGGCACCAACUUCUGCUCUUGAAUUCAGCUCUGUCCCCUCUUUUGGCCCAGGGUGACCUCGGCAGCCCUGACAGCACAGACCCUCUCGAGUGCCCAGAAAGGCGUCCGGGUGGCCAAGCGCCAACCCGGCUCUUUCUGGAUGGAGGCGCCUCAGGAAGAAGCUGGCUGAGGGCUUUGGCCUUCACCUUCCAGCCGCUGCUGACCACACCUCCCCUAGGGCAGAGGCCGCCGAGAGGAGCGGGAAAUGCUGUACCAGCAAAGUCAGCUCACUGGGAUCUUGGUCUGACCGUCAGGAUGGAACUGGGGCCAGCAACCGAGACCUUCGUGCUGGAGCUUCGGUGUCUUGAAGAUGGGGGCCCAGGGCCUGACACCCUCUCAGGUGGCAGCGGUGGGAGUGAGAGUCAGGAGGAAGAAGAGGCUCAGGAGAGGAGCAGCCCACUACGGCCAGCAAUCUCAGCCCUGAUGGGGGCCAGUGAGACCGCUGAGGAAGCCCAGCUGGGACAGCAGGGGUUGAAACAGUUAGAACAGCAGCGGGGGCUACAAGGGCAGCAAGCACAAAACCAGCUAUCAGGACAUCAGCCCGAAUCGCAGCAGCAGCAGCAGCAGCAGGAUAUGCAAGAACAGCUGCCUCAACAACAGCAGGAACUACAGGAAAAACCCCAACCCCUGCAACAUGAGCAACUGAAGCCACAUCUGUUGCUGGUGCCACAGCACGGACAGUCACAAGAGCAGCAAGUGCAAGAGCAAGAGCUGCUGCAGCAACAGCAGGAACUACAGGAAAAAGCUCAACCCCUGCAACAUGAGCAACUGAAGCAACAGCAGGGACAGUUCCAACCACAGCAGCUGCUACAACAACAGCAGCAGUUGCAACAGCAGAAACCGUUGUUACAGCAGCAGCAGCAGGAGCAGCAGAAGCAAGAACAAUUACAGCAGCAGGAACAGCUGCAGCAGCAAAAACCUUUAUUACAGCAGGAACACUUGCAGCAGCAGCAAUUACAGCAGCAGGAACAAUUACAGCAGCAGCUGUUGCUGCAGCAGCAGCAACAGUUACAGCAGCAGCAGCUUUUGCAGCAGCAGCAACAGUUACAGCAGCAGCAGCUGUUGCAGCAGCAGCAGCUGUUGCAGCAGCAACAGUUACAGCAGCAGCAGCAGCAGCUGCAGCCCCAUCCACUGGAGCCAGAGGAGGAGGAAGAGGUGGAGUUGGAGCUCAUGCCAGUGGACCUGGGGCCGGAGCAGGAACUGGAGCAGCAGCGGCAGGAGCUGGAGCGGCAGCAGGAGCUGGAGAGACAACAGGAACAGCGGCAGCUGCAGCUCAAACUGCAGGAGCAGCUACAGCAGCUGGAGCAGCAGCUGGAGCAGCAGCAGCAACAGCUGGAGCAGCAGCAGCUGGAGGAGCAGCAGGAGGUGCAGCUAGAGCUGACCCCAGUGGAGCUAGGGGCCCAGCAGCAGGAGGUGCAGCUGGAGCUGACCCCCGUGCAGCCGGAGCUGCAGCUGGAGCUGGUGCCCGCAGCGGGGGGCGGCGGGGCUUCCGGACCUGGGGCCGCGGUCGUGGUGGCCCCCCCGGGCUACGUGGUGCUGCAGGAGCUCAUGGUGCUGCCAGCCGUGGCCACGCCGGCGGUGGUGCCCAUCUCGGGCCCUGCGGGCAGCGCAGCCCUGACGCCGGCCCGGCAGAGGCGGCGGCGGCGCGCCCGGGACCGGCCGACCAUCUGUGGGGAGUGCGGCAAGGGCUUCAGCCGCAGCACGGACCUGGUGCGGCACCAGGCCACGCACACGGGCGAGCGGCCGCACCGCUGCGGGGAGUGCGGCAAGGGCUUCUCGCAGCACUCGAACUUGGUGACGCACCAGCGCAUCCACACGGGCGAGAAGCCCUACGCCUGCUCUUACUGCGCCAAGCGCUUCAGCGAGAGCUCGGCGCUCGUACAGCACCAGCGCACGCACACGGGCGAGCGGCCCUACGCCUGCGGUGACUGCGGCAAGCGCUUCAGCGUCUCGUCCAACCUGCUGCGCCACCGGCGCACGCACUCAGGCGAGCGGCCCUACGUCUGCGAGGACUGCGGCGAGCGCUUCCGGCACAAGGUGCAGAUCCGCCGUCACGAGCGCCAGCUGCACGGCGCCGGCCGCUCCCGGGGGCUGGGUCUGCUCCGCGGAUCGCGUGCCACCACGGGUGGGCCACCGCGCACCGAUCAGGCAGCCGGCGACAAGGUUCUGUGACAGGGAAGGGACUGAGGUCGGGAAGGCGGCCAGCUCCUCCCAACGACACUGCGCCUGCUGAACCGGUCCCGCUCAGUGACCUGGGACAUCCUCGAAAGUCGCUGGGCAAAGUCCGUCUUUCUUCCAGAUCACCGGCCGAGUAGGACAGCCAUCCUCAGAAACACCCCUGGAGAGGAAAGCCGGUGUGGCUGAAACAGCACAGAUGUUGCACAUCAGAACAAACAGCACAUGGUACAGGUUUGUUAAUCAGGUACCGACUGGGGACAAGUCUGCCAAAGCGCCUCACCCCCCCGGGGGAUAUUGGGCCUAGUAGAAAUGAGAGUCACAGGAGAAAACUUCCAAAGACAGAUGGGACAGUUGCUGACAUUGGACACGGAUCAAACACCAACCAGGGAAUCAAAUAUUCCUGGUAAAACGCACACAAAAAGGAUUUGAUCCUGGUGAAAAUUAUUUCAAGGAAAAAAAUGGGAGAAUAGGCAACUUAUCUGCACUAUGUAAAAAACUGAUCAAGGCAUUAACUUGUCUUCAAUGCAUUUGCCCUGAAAAUACUUCCUUGAAUGAAAAUUCAUCAGGGCGGAUAUAAUCCUGAUUAAAAUGUUUGUGUUCAUAAACACAGGGUCAGAAUGUCCACUGGGUCAGUGUGCAAAUGCCAGGCAGUCCUGCUCUGGGCCAAAGGUUAAACCUUCCCUCCAGGGCCACCCAGGGUCCCAACAAGCGUGGGAGGCAGGCCCUAGGCCUCUGCUGCCAUGAUCCCGUGCCUGCAGGGGUCCCCUCCUGCUCUGGUGACCAGCAGCCUGUGGCUAAAGCAGAGGGCAUUCUGGGAGAACUGUCCAGGUUCCAAGGCAGUGGUCACUGCUGGAAAGAACUCUGUGAUACCCCCUUUUCCCUGAGAUCCUCCAGCUUUUGGCUUCUUAGGUGCUUGCCCAGCGACAGGCUAUGGGAUUGGGACCUUGACACCCAGGGGCAGGCAGGGUUCCCCUGAGCUGGGCUGUACAGGGAGCCUGGCCUGAGCAGACCCUGCCUCAUCACUAGGGGUCAGAGGGAGAAGGUUGGGUAUGAGGAUCGGACACAUCAGAAAUGCUCUUUACAUUCACAAAAUCAUCUGGGGAUCUCCGAGGCCUGUGGGAAGGCAGGAAGGUGGAGGAGCUGCCCACCAUCUCGGCCCCCCACGCGCUUCCUGCUCCUGACUUCCCACGUGCGUGCGUGGCUUAGGUCCUGGCCCUCCCUUUCCUCCCUGCUUCUCCUUAACUAACACAGCCUGCUACAUUUCACAAAUGUGUUGGUAAGUGAGAAACAAAAAAUGAGAAAUAAACUUACA